AUGGCGCGAGGUGGCGCGUGGAUGGCGGCGGCGGCGGCGGUGUGGUGGAUGGCGGCGGGGGCGGGGGCAGUGUGGCUGGAGAUUGCGCCUUCGGUGACCAAGUGCGUCUCGGAGGAGAUCCAGUCCAACGUCGUCGUCAUCGGCGACUACUCCGUCCUGUACGAGCACCACCACGCCCACCCAACCGUCGCCGUCAAGGUUACAUCCCCUUUUGGAGACAUUGUGCAUAAGAAAGAAAAUGUUUCAAUGGACCAGUUUGCAUUUACCACAGCAGAAGCUGGAAACUACCUGGCUUGCUUUUGGGCUGAUGGAGAGGACAGGGGAUUAGUGGUAAAAUUAAAUCUUGACUGGAAAAUUGGGAUUGCUGCUAAAGACUGGGAUUCUCUUGCUAAAAAGGAAAAGAUUGAGGGAGUCGAGCUAGAGUUGCUCAAGCUUGAAAUAGCUGUCCAAUCAAUCCACGAAAACCUGCUUCUGCUCAGAUCCAAAGAAGCUAACAUGAGAGAUGUCAGUGAGAAGACAAAUGCUAGGGUCACGUGGUUGAGCGUGCUGUCUCUUAGCGUUUGCGUCGCAGUCUCUGUUUUACAGCUGUGGCAUCUACAAGAGUACUUCCGUAAGAAGAAGCUCAUCUAAGUGACGUUCGUGAUGUA